AAUACUAUUAAUAAUUCUGCUACUAAUAAUACUACUACAAAUACUACUAAUAAUAAUAACAUUAAUAAUAAUAUUAUUACAACUACUAAUAGUACCAAUAAUACUACUACUCUCAAUAAUCCUUAUACCACAAAAAAUACUACUACUAAUAGUACUACUAAUACUAACACUCAUACUACUACUAAUAUUACUACCAAUACUACAACUAGUUCUACUAUGAAUAGUACUACUAAUACUAUUACUAAUACUACUACUAAUUAUAUUACGCCUGUUACUCCCAAUGGAGCAUAG